GGUGAGUUUUUUCAUUUGUGAAAACAUAUCGGUUGCAUCCAUUCGAUUGCACUUUUUAUAUAUUUCAUUCGCAAAUAAGGUCAAUAAAUAGUACUUCUAUAUUGCAUUGUUUUUUAAUCUAACUUCGUCGUGCAUCUGAUCAGUGAGAUAAAUAUACUUGUUUAUUGGGUUGUAUCAGUGUAUUUAUUUGUAUUUCUUGUGACAUUUUUGCAUACGAUUAAAUAAAUAAUUAAAAGAGGUUAAUAUAUUAAAUUUCUUUAUUCAACAAUGUUUUUCACUAUAUUUUUGGGAAUGGUUUCCUUUCUGUUUUUAUUACACUGCUCUAUAAAAUACCGAAGAAUAACAAGAAUUCUUGAAGUACUUCCAGGCCCAAAAGCAUAUCCAAUCAUAGGAAAUUUGCUUCAUUUUCAAGAAAAAAAUGAAAAACUUUUCAAAACAUUUUAUGUGAUGGACCAGAAACAUUAUCCAACAUAUAAAAUAUGGACCUUCUUUAUAACAACGGUAGUUUUACUUCAUCCGAAAGAUAUCGAGGUACUUAUGAGGAGUCCCAAACACAUAACAAAAAGUGUCUUUUAUAAAUUCUUAAAACCAUGGCUAUCGACCGGAUUGAUAACAAGUACAGGACCCAAAUGGCAACAUCGAAGAAAAAUUUUGACUCCCACUUUUCACUUUAAUAUUCUCAAACAUUUCGUAGUCACUUUAAAUGAAGAGGCGCGGUACCUUGUAUCAUCAAUGAAAGAACAAGGAAAGGGAAAUCCAAUCAUACAGAAUCUAGAGGAACUUAUAACCGAACAUACAUUAAAUGCGAUAUGUGAAACCGCUAUGGGCACAUCUUUACAGGGGAAUGGCGAACUUGAGUUUAAAUAUCGCAAAGCCGUUCAUGCUAUGCUCGGAAUCGUUCUACACAGAAGUUUGAGACCUUGGUAUUUUUUUGACACCAUAUUUGCAUUAUCACCAAAAGGACGAUUACAAGAGGAACUAUUACAAACGUUGCAUGGUUUUACGAAUAAAAUAAUUGCAGAAAGAAAAAGUUUUCACGAAGAAACUAAAGGAAAAUAUUUAAAAUGUUUGGAAGAGAUUGACGAAAAUAUCGGUUUUUCCGACGGAUACGACAAAAAUUACAAAAAUCCGAUGCACAAGAAAAAACUUGCCAUGUUAGAUUUACUAAUAGCAGCUUCUUGGAAUGGAAAUCAAAUCGAUGAUGAAGGAAUCAGAGAGGAAGUGGAUACAUUUAUGUUUGCAGGUCACGACACUACUGCAACGGCAUUGGUCUUUCUUCUGAGUCUUAUAGCUAAACAUAAAGACGUUCAGGAACGUAUAAGAGAAGAAGUGAAUAGUAUUAUGAACCAAGAAAAUUAUCAAAUGACGAUGUCAGAGCUUCAAGGAUUUUCAUAUUUAGAGAGAUGUAUAAAAGAAUCUCUUCGUUUAUACCCAAGUGUUCAUUUCGUGUCUCGUUAUUUAACUGAGGAUAUGCAGUUAAACAAAUUUUUAAUCCCAGCUGGUACGAAUGUUCGAGUUAACAUCUUUCAUUUACACCGAAAUCCAGAAUUUUGGCCCAAUCCUGAUGUUUUCGAUCCUGAUAGAUUUUUACCAGAAAAUAUUAGCAAACGUAAUGCGUACUGUUAUAUUCCAUUUAGCGCAGGAUUAAGAAACUGCAUUGGUCAAAAAUAUGCAAUGUUUGAAAUAAAACUAAUGGUUGCCCACAUAUUACAUAAUUUUUAUUUAGAACCAGUAGAGGAUUUGGAUGACAUUAAAUUGAUGGGAAAUAUUAUUUUGCGACCAGCAACACCACUUCGUGUCAAAUUUAUUCCAAUAAAAUCAUAAAAACUAAAUUCUUUUUAAUUGUAUAUUUCAUCAAAUGAAUUAUAUUUUACAGUAAGAGAAUUACUCUUAUUAUUAGAUGAUCGAGCUUCUCGGAACUCUUAACUAAUGGCAGUAGCUCUCAGGUGCUAGCCCUAUCACCACACCAACGCGCAUGCUCUCGACGAUGAAGAAUAUGCUAUUAUUCUAAUCGUUUUUUCUAUGGCCAUUACAAGGUUUUUGUAUGUAGGUUAUCUCAGUUCUUUUUAACACAUUUUAUACUGUUUUUUUUAACUUAUGCGCCUAACUCAUCUAGCACUCAUCGUAGCGACUUUUGCAUUGGUGCACAAUUAGUACAAAGCUCAUUUAAUGCAUCACCAUUUACACUCAACGGAACACGUGCAUGUACCGAAACCACGUGCAUUAAUAUUUUCAGGGUGAUCUUAUUUCACUCGAAUCGCGUCAGUAUUGAUAGAAUCAACUUCUCUCAGUGUCAUAACUCCUUUGUUAACUCAUUUAGAAUAUUUAUCGAUAUACUCAAGUAAACACUCACUGUAAUUGACCAAUAAAUACUACACUUUCCGUCCUAAUUUA